GCGGCUGUGGCGGCGGCCGCGGGGCAGAGCGGGCGGGCUGCGGGAGGAGGGCGGCGGCGGGCGAGCGGCCGGCGGCGCGGGGCGCGGAGCCUCCGCACUUUCCCCCCGAGGGGCCCCUCCGUCCCCCGCCCUCCGCGCACCCCGCCUGCCCGUGAGCCUGGGGAACUUGCAGCUUAAAGCCGGCCACCCCCACGGCAGCAUGUACCCCAGCAACAGGAAGAAAAAGGUGUGGAGAGAGGAGAAAGAACGUUUGCUGAAGAUGACCUUAGAGGAGAGACGCAAAGAAUACUUAAGGGACUAUGUUCCUCUGAGCACCAUUCUAUCCUGGAAGGAGGAGAUGAAGAGCAAGGGCCAAAAUGAUGAAGAAAAUACGCAGGAAGCACCACAGAUGAAGAGAAGCUUGAGUGAAAAGGUUUCUCUCUACAGAGGUGACAUCACACUGCUAGAGGUGGAUGCAAUAGUCAAUGCGGCAAAUGCCAGUCUUCUCGGAGGAGGCGGUGUGGAUGGCUGCAUUCACAGAGCCGCUGGCCCCUGUUUGUUAGCUGAGUGUCGGAACCUGAAUGGCUGUGAGACUGGACAUGCAAAAAUCACAUGCGGUUAUGACCUCCCGGCAAAGCAUGUCAUCCAUACUGUAGGGCCAAUCGCCAGAGGCCACAUUAAUGGUUCCCACAAGGAAGACCUUGCAAAUUGCUAUCAGUCAUCCUUGAAGCUGGUGAAAGAAAAUAACCUCCGCUCAGUUGCAUUUCCCUGCAUUUCAACUGGCAUUUAUGGCUUUCCAAAUGAGCCUGCUGCAGUCAUUGCUCUAGGAACGAUUAAGGAAUGGCUGGCCAAGAAUCACCAAGAGGUGGAUCGAGUCAUCUUCUGUGUCUUCCUAGAAGUUGACUUCAAAAUCUACAAAAAGAAAAUGAGUGAGUUCUUCCCUGUUGAGGAUAACAAUGAAGGAGCAGCAGAUGCUGACAUGAAAGAAGAUGCAGAAGGGCUAGAGCCUAAAGGCCUUUCUCCACCCCACAAGAAGAGUAAAGCAAAGAAACCAGAAAGUUCAAAAGACUCCAGUGAAGAUGAAUGUGGUCCGGAGGAAAAGCAAACUGCGGAAGAAAUGGAAGGGCAGAGCCAAGAAGCAGGUGGGCUCAGGUUUCUUUUGAGGAGUCUCCUAGGCCUCAUCCACAGAGAUGGUGUCAACACCACAACCAUGGCCAGCCCUGCUUCUGAAGACAAAGCUGAAGUCCAUAAAGAUGAAGCAGAUUCUGCAAAGGAUGACAAUACUAUGAAGGACAGUGAUGUGACCAGUCAUUCCGUGAGUGACCAAGACCUUCCCAAUGUCGCUGUUCUUACAGGCCAAGAGAAUGACUCAACAAAAAGUGAAGCAAAAAUUGAGCCAGAGUCCCCGAGUUCAUCUAUGGAGACAGAAGACCUUUCACCAAAUCAAGAAGAUGCCACGAUUGUGGAGCAACCAGAAGUGAUUCCCCUGACAGAUGACCCAGAAGCACAGGAAGGUGGAGAAGCUCGAGGUGAGGAUGCACCUGCCGUGUUUGCAGAAAGCCAAGGUUCCGGCAACACAGAGAACACCGCAGGUCCUGAUGUUGAAAUGAACAGUCAGGUUGAUGGUGUAAAUGAGGCAACAGAGAAUCUGCAAGAAGAUCUCCAAUAGGGCCACAAGAUGAAGCAAAGGAACAAAGAACCGAAGCUAAACGACAGUCCUCAGCAUUGCCAAGGCCUUGGCCCUGGGGAACUUGGGAAGAUGAUAGUAUGUGCUGUGGAAGAGGGUGGGGGAGGGGGAAGGCAAGUUCAUGGAAGGAAAGGGGUCCUUUGCUCUAAUUCUCCAGCUGUAUUCAGUUCUGUUUACCUACAGGAAAAAAAUGAAAAAAAAAAAGAAGAAGAAAGCAAGUUUCCUCCACUGUGGGAGGCCCCAUGCUAAGACAUCCUUCAGGCACACAGUCCCUUUCAUUUCUGUCUUCUCUCCAUGCCUCACCCUAGAGUCACAGUGAUGGGGUUUAUACUUACCUGUGUCUCCUGGCCCCUGUGUGCUUUCUUGGUUAUCUCGCAAAGGUGGUCACAGAGUUAUUUCUUCCAUGAAAAAGGUGAUUGAUAAGCUAUAGGCUAAAUUUCAAGAAUUACCAUACCCAACAUUAGUAUAAUCCAAAGACAGUAGAGGAAGGAUAGAAAAUGGGCACAAACCUCAAAGAAUACCUGGAGAAGGUCUAAAUGAAGAGUUCAAAAUAUUUUAAUCAGGGGUUAAGAAACAAGGUGAGACCUGGAAGUCACUAUGGUCUCCACCUUCACACCCGGAAUACCAUGUGUAUUCAUUUUCAGGCUAAUUUCAAGCACUGUUUUUCUUUUGGGUUGUGAGGACUUUACCAUGUGCUUCCAUAUGGAGCCCAUCACUGAGAUGUGGUUCUUUGUACACAAUGGAAAAGGAUCUAAGAGAGGAGCUUGCUUCAUUUAGAACUCAAAUAAUAUCAAUUUUAGUUUUCAAAGUUCCACUUAAAAGCUCUAUUUCCCAUACAAGAAUACCAUGUUGAUCCAAGAUGUGAUAGUCCACAGAGGUUCACACUUGAAGGUAGGAGCAGUUGGAAUCAUUGCCUCCCAUACUGGCUGCCUGUCCUAGUAAUGCUAAGUCCAAGGAUGUUUUGGUGGCUCAUCCACUUAUCCAAAGGUACCCAGAACUAUCAGCUACUUAAGAAGCCGGUGGAACAGUGUUAGCUCAAGCUAUGAGGACAAGAGGAGGCUGAGCAUCAUCCCAAUUUUCUGUCCCAGAACAAAGCUAAGGUUUCCCACUGCCUCUCUGGGUUCCAAAGACAUGGUGUCUUUUGCAUAUAAUCUUAACUCCGUAGUAUUUUAGAGUUGUAAUGUUUAUGUUGCUAUCCUUAACAAAAAUGGGGGCGGGACCAACUGACUAGCUAAAGUCAAUAGCAAGAUGAUACCACUUUAUAAAUAUCAGAUCCAAUUCUCUAGUUCUGCCCUUUCCUGUAGAAAAUCCAUCUUAUCUUCUUCUGACUAGUUUUGGCUGUUCUGAAUUAAUUGCUGCUUCCAGGUAAUUUAUUUGAUAUGAUAGGAUAAGUAGCAAAUCAUACCUCUGCAUGUAUCACCUUUAACAUCUCUUAUUUUCUUUAGAUCAACUCAUCAACAUAGCAACAAUGAUAGUUUACUAUCGUUUCCCUUUUUCUUUUUCUAUAGUUUGACAUGGCAGUAUAUACAUCUCCAUUACAUGCUGUUUUCUAGAACAAUACUUCUUCUAAAUAAUCUAGGAAAGUAUGCCAUCCAGAUAGAUAGCUUCAAGGUUUCCUCCCAUCUUCACAGCCAUUUUACAAGCACCCAUCAUUUUUGUGAAGUGCCUGACAAGAGAACCAUGCUAAGAGGUAUUUCCCCAAAACUCCCAGGGAAAGUGUAACUCGGCCUCCUUUAUUGAGUCACAUAGAGAGCAGCACACUAGAGAUGAGAGGAACAGCCAAGACCGAACCCAUUCGAGCCCCCCUUUCUCCAUAUUACCAGUGGCAGCCAUUUUGUUCACUCAUCUUGUGUGGGGAUGCGGUGAGAAAGAGGAAGAGAAUUCUGUAAAAACUGUAGAAAAAGGAAAGCAAUCUUUGGAUUUAGGAAACAGAAGGAGGAAUUUAUCUCCUAAAUUUGCUUAACUUUUUUUUUUUUUAUGAAUUAGAGUGCAUUUUCAUUUUUGCUUUGCAGUAGAUUUUUGGUUGGUAUGUGGCCGAAUGACCGUAUGCUUUAAAAUAAAUAAUGCAGUUAAUUUAUACUUCAAUAAUGAAAUAUAAAAAUUCUAGCCCUGGGCCAGAAUGAAAGCCUUCACAAUAUAGGAAACCCUGUUUGCUGGCCCUGUCACCGCACAGGCUGUACAGCACAGUACACGUGGGAAGUGGGCCAGUGCUUCCACACGUGAAUUCUGGACAGCCAUUUCCACCUACACUUCAGCCAGGCUACAUGACCUGCAGGACAACAGGAGGACAUGAGGAAAGCAGCCCUGUUAUUAGUUAUGUUUGCAUACAGAGGACUGAAGUAGGCCUUCAACAUAAUAGUCGUAAUUACAAAGGUACUCAUUGCAGGCUAGACAAAGGGGCUUUUCCUCUUGCUGAUAACUAUUCAGAUGAUGGACAAGUCUUCAUUGAGAAAAGCUUACAAAGAAGGCAUCCGAAGCACUGUCUAUAUAAUAUUGGGUCACAUAUUAAUCACUGCAGCUAAUUGUAAAUCUUUCUAUGAAAAACUGAAAAGCCUCUUUGUGAAUUAAUACAGUUCUGCUUGAUGAUGUACUUGGUUUGCAAAGACAUUUUUCUGUAUGUGGUGCAUGUCAGCUGUGCUUUGAAAAACAACAAAGUUAGCAGAAUAUGUUCAAUAUAUUUUCUCGGGAAAUAGGGUUUUUAUCAUAUGACUCAUUAAGGAUUUGCCUUACCCUGACAUUUGUGAUAUAAAGGAAAAUCAGGAAAAAAGUAAUUUUCUUGAACAAGAUACGUUUGUACUUAAUGCGAAUAAAUGUAGUCUGUUGCUUGCAAGGGGGAAAAAUGUCUUCUGGUAUUAAUAGGGUGACACGUGCCUCUUUUGUUAAACCAGUCUUGAAAUGCUGGACAGCUUCUGAGUCUGUUUGUCUCUCUUCAUCCGUGCCACACACUAUGACACUUCAAUGACUGUUGCCUUCAAACUAUAUUUGUUAGAGCAGAGUGCAAAUAAACUUCUUUGAGAGGAUAAUGUGGAA